AUGAAACCUGCUUCAGGAAACUAUGCCUCUCCCCUGGCGGCUGUCAUGGCCGUGCUGACCUGUGCCUUGCUACGGGGGGCUCGGGCAGGAGUGGUGGGGGACUUCAACCAUGUGGAGCGCUGUAAGGACUCUCUCUACAUGGGCACUCCACCCAGAGGCUACCUCAGCUACUCCUUUACCAAGAUCUGCCAGAGGUAUGAGGACAAACCCCGCUACGUCACCCUGUACGACCCUCACAAGCACAUCCCCAUCUAUUCUGCCUAUAUAUUCAAGAAAUCAGAUGGGGAGAAGAAGGUGGACUUCCCGUGGAUGUUUGAGCCCCAGCUGGCCUCAGAGAAGAGCAGCAGUAACAUGGAGCCCUUCCCCCAAUCUUCAAGCAUGCAUAUGAACUUUGAGGAUACCCAGGCAGUCCUGGAGGACUACGCUGAUGUGGUUCUGUACGAACGUGGCCAGCUAAAUCCUGACGAGCAUCAGGCUGACCCUCUGGACAAAGCCUCCACCUACAGUUUGACAAACGUGGUACCCCAGACCAGAGAGUUCAACUUGGGGCCCUGGGCAGAACACCAGGACCUCAUCCGCAAACGUCUCAACAACUACUGCCGCGGCAAAGCCUUUGUGGUCACCGGGGUCACCACCUCUGGGCACACGAUCCGUCGCAACAACCUGGACAGGGUGGCCGUACCGGAGUACAUGUGGUCGGCCUACUGCUGCAUCGAGUUUGACCAAAACGCACCAUACUUUGUGCGCUACAAGUUCCCUGUGUUUGCAGCUUAUGGGCUGAACGAUCGUGUCAACAACCACAUGGUUGAAGUUCCUCUAAAGAACCUGGAGAAAUUCCUCAAGGGGAGGAUGGAUGUGGAUAAGAACUUCCAGAUCUUCUACAGUGAUUGUGUGCCAGAUAACUGA